AUGGGUGACCCGAGCAUGGUGCCAGCAGCACCAAUGUCAACCGAGGACGAACGGUCUGCUCUCACCUCGCGAAUCAUCCCAACCAUGAGUCUUUCCACUGCCGAGAAUCCUCUCACAGCACCCCUGGCCCCUACACAGGCAACAUCUCCCAUAGACCGAGCUGCUGCCCGAUUCAGAGUGGAAGGCAAUGCCGUCCUCACAGGAGGGGCAGGGACAUUAGCAUUGGCCUCUGCCCGGGCAUUACUUGAGCAUGGCGCCUCUGGAGUUGCGCUCAUGGAUUUACAGGCGACCAUUCAUGCGUCCUCGCAAGCAAUAUCACAACUAAAGGAGGACUUCCCCAACGCAAACGUCCUCACGGUGCAAGUGGACGUGACAUCGGAGUCGGAAGUGGACAAAGCUUUCCAGGUCGCUCAGAAUUUAAUGGGCAGCGUGGACAUCCUAUGUUGUUUCGCAGGAAUCGUCGGUUGCGUCCACUCCAUUUCAGCGACUGCGAGCCAAUUCCGCAAAGUCAUCGAUGUCAAUUUGACUGGAUCAUUCCUCAGCGCGCAAGCAGCAGCCCGACACAUGAUCGAAUCCCAGUCGGGAGGAUCCAUUGUGUUUACGGCCUCGAUCUCGGCUCACGCAACGAACUAUCCCCAGCCCCAGGCAGCUUACAAUGUGAGCAAGGCGGGCGUCGCACACUUGACGCAGAAUCUCGCAGCGGAAUGGGCAGUUCAUGGGAUCCGCGUGAACUGUCUGUCUCCCGGCUAUAUGGACACGGUGCUCAAUGCCGGCGACAACCUCCAACCAAUACGAGAUAUCUGGGCCAGCCGGUGUCCCAUGGUGAAGCUUCUGCACAGCGACACUGAUUUGAUCACUCUAAUAUCUCAGCACAUUUCGUUCGAUCCGAAGCUGAAGUAUGUGGAAGGUCAGACACUGUUAUCAUUUGCUGCGGAAUUCGGACUUUCAGGUCUCGUGAAACAUAUUGUUGACCACACCACCAGCCGACUGGACACGGGAGAUUCCUACGGGCGUACACCUCUUCUUCAUCCUAUGUUCAACGGCCACGCAGAUAUCGUGGAGACACUUCUCUCAACAACGAACGUCAUCAUCAGCAGGCCACUCGAACAAUCGCGUGUCAAGCUGCGCUUGUCAAAAAGACAUGAAGAGAUUAUUGAGUUGAUGAUGAAAUACCGAGUAAGCUUUGAGAACAUUACUAUUGAUGAUGAAGACCCUCUCAUCUGGGCGUGUGCAAAUGGGCACGAAUCAAUGGUGGAGUUGCUCCUGCACUCUGGGCAUCACGCCGUUUACUUGAGGAGUACUUUGGGCGAGACUCCUUUACACAAUGCAGCACGGCACGGGCACGAAUCUAUUGUUAAAUUGCUGUUAGCACAACCCGAUAUCGAGGUGAGCGCUAGAGACAGACUUGGCGACACUCCUUUACACAUUGCAGCGGAGAACGGACACGAAUCGGUAGUCAAAUUGCUCCUAGCACAAGUCGGUAUCGAGGUGAAAGUUAGAGACGGUUCAGGCGACACUCCUUUACAAUUGCAGCGCUAA